UCGAUCACACGGCCCUUCUUCUUCCUCGCACGCCGGCACACCGUUCCAUAUUUCCGCACCCCUCGGCGUCGAGAGCUUGCUUGCAAGGAGCCUGGCUCCUCCCAUGGCGUCCGUUCCCAGCAGCCGGGCGCUGUGCUGCUUCCUGCUGGCGUGCAUCUCCUGCUGCCUGCUGCUGGUCCCUUGCUGCACAUCAGAUGGCUCCGUGGCUGCUGCCGCCGCCUUCCAUGGCCAGAAGAGAGACGCCCCGGAAAUAGUCGGGAGAGCCCUCGUCUGCUUCGACGACCGCUACAUCUACAGCGGGUGCCAGGGCUCGUUCAGGCUGGGCCCGCAGGGCGCGCUGGACGUGCCGCCGGGGUCGGCCGACGCCUUCUGCGGCGGGCCCUGCCUGGCCGAGACGGAGCUCGUGCUCCGCUGCGUCGACGGCAUCAUGGGCAACUUCCGCUUCUACAACGGCGCCACCGCCGCCGACGUCCGCUCCGCGCUCGACCGGGGAUGCGGCCGCUCGGGCCUCCGCGGCGACUUCGACCUGCUGCGCCGCCUCGGAGCGGGCGGCGACAACUACGGCGACGGGUACUUCUACGGCCGCGCGGCCGGCGCCCGGCGGCCCGCCUCGCUCGUCGGCAGCCUCGCGCCGCCGCCGCCGCUGCUGGGCGCGGCCGCCGCGAUCCUCGCGUGGGCGUGACCGAUCACAUCAACGGAGCACACAUCGGUGCCUGCUACUCGAUCGGAUCAAGCAUAGUGUAGUGGUAGUGUAACUAAUUAGUUAUUAGCCGCAGUGCAUGAAUCGACUUGAUGCAUCGAGAUAGGAGACGGAGACCUGUACAUGAUCGACCACGGCCACUCGUCCUGCAGCGGAAUGAGAAGAACUGCUGCUACAGCGAAGUGCAAAAUAAAUCUGCUACGCUAGUACUCGCGUGAAAAGUCAUGAACAGAAGUUGUUCUUGUUCUCUUUACCUGUUUGAUUGACAAGAAGUAGAUCGAUGGAAAGCUUCAGGUAAAUACAAGUCUUCCAAUUUUAUUAU